GAUUUCUCAUGCCCAGUGUAACACACACCUUCACGCGGGAAGGAGGAGGACCCUGGCUCCACCGGACAGUGCCAGUGUCACUUGCAACUCGGACGCGCAUGGACGUCAAGUGCCGACCCUUAUUCUGUCACACAGUUUACAAGUUUUAGAAAAAGUUUUUGGUGGAGAUGAGAGUUUAGUGAGAGUGACCUGUAUGAUGGGGAAUGAGAAAACCUUAUUUAAAACAUUGGAAAAACUUAACAUUUUAUAAAGUUGUGACAAACGUAUAUAUACAUAUAAGUUGGACUUGUCAAGAACUUUGAUGUAUGUUAACAAUAUUACAGCAAGAGAGAAACUUUUAGUGAAAGAGAAAAAAGUUACUGAAGUACUUGGAGAAGUUCUUGGACAGGCACGCCCCCUCGCGGCCAGACGCGGGGAAGAAAUUGAUUCCAGGCGCAGGAGGCGUCAUAGAACAUUUGCCUAACAUUGCCUCCUUCACCGUGCCCAAGACUCCAUCAGUCUGUCCAAAGCUCCCCCAACGUGCCCAGGACACCCAUCGUGGCAAGUACUCAACCAGCGUGUCCAUAACUCCUUCAACGUGCCCAGGACUCUUUCAAUAUACCCAGGACUCCCUUCUCAACGUGUCCGGAACUCCAUUACUGUCACGAGGACUACACCAUCGUGCCCAAGAGUAUCUCAGCAGCAGCAGGAUGUUGCCCCAGGGGAUGCAGGACGUGGCGGUGGAACAUCCCCUCUCCGCGGGUGCCAGCUUCGGCUCCCUGGCAGUAGACGAGAGCUCUCCUACACCUUACUCAGACGCCACGCAGACCAAGAAACAUCCGCCCAACCACAUCAAGCGGCCCAUGAACGCCUUCAUGGUGUGGUCCCAGAUGGAGCGGCGGGAGAUUGUCAAGUUUGCACCGGACACCCAUAACGCCGAGAUCUCCAAGCAGCUGGGUCGCCGCUGGAAGUUACUGACGGAGGAACAGCGACGACCUUACCGUGAUGAAGCAGAACGACUGAAGCAACUGCAUAUGCGUGAAUACCCUGAUUAUAAAUACCGACCACGUAAGAAGUCAAAAGACCCACUCAAGGGCGUCUCGGAGCGCAGCGGCGGGAAGGUGUCGAAGGUUCAUCAAAUGAAUAAUAUAUGUAAGGAGUUCGCUAACAGUAUCAAGCCCAAGGAUGGUACCAACAACAAGCCUCAACUCGACCUUCACACUCUAGAGGACCACGUUAGCUGGUCGUUGCCGCUGACGCCCACUUCCCCGCCUCGGGUCCCCACCAGCCCCGCGACCUCCGAUCUUCCAGACUCCCCAGAAAGCGCCUUCAAUUUUGAUGAUCACGCGUUCAUCAGAACAUCUAUGGUCAACUACACUCCCACACCCACACACAGUUACACUACACCCAACGAAGGUCAUCCUCGCUCAACCACAAUCACCAGCACGUCUUUCUCCUACCACAACUCUGUUCCUGUCUCCUCCUCACCCAACAACUCCCGGACAAGUAGCUGUGCCUAUAGUGUUCCUCAAAGACAGCAACCGUACCAGCCUCAUUUUUACCAGGAGCAAAAGCUGGCACACAGUUACCUGAAGCACGAGGCAAUCAACAACAUGAGUUACCUGAAACGGGAACAACACGAAUAUGCGGAACAGUUACGUUUACAGCACCAUCAGCAGCAUCAACAUCAACAGAAGCCAAAUUAUCAACAACAUUCAUGUCUCUACUCGCCAGUCAGUACGCAUUCUUCCUUCUUCGCCUCUGCUGUUAUGGCACAGCAACAACAGCAACAGCACCAGCACCACCAGCACCACCACCAGCAGCCCCCACAGCCUGCUGUUAAAGUUGAAGCCCAAGAGACCCACCCAGCGACCCUGGAUGACCUGGAUAACAUCGGGGUUACCGAACUGAUCCCAAUGACCUCUGAUCUGAAGGUGGAGUUGGAGUCGUUAGCUGACUUGGGCUACGAGUCAGGAGGGUCAGCGGCCAGCAACUGGGCGAAUGUUGGGAUCACCACCAACACUCCCAAUGUUCUCGCUGACUUUGAGAUAAUGAACGCAUGGAUCAACUCCUGAACCAUCCAUGUAUGAAGCCAAAAGUUAAUGUCUUUCAAAACUUGUGCAUUCAAUGGCUACAGAACAUUCUUGCCCUGUUGUACAUUAGUGAAGUGCACAAAGACUCUUAUUAUGGUAUUACAAAUAAACAAAACCUUGUGUACAUUUUCUCUUCUUGUAAGUCAUUGACGCACAUCUUUACAUCUUGUACAUAGAAGAAGAAUCAACUGUCAUCGCCGGGUAUUCCUAGAAAUAGUUACCAGUUCAGCUGAUGAACUUCGUGCUUGCCCAGUAUUUAAAAAAACAAAACAAUAAAAAUAAACGUCUCACCUGGACAAAUGAAAAUCUAGUCAGUCACAAUCGCUGAUACAAUCACAAUAAAAACAUUCAACUCAGAAAUUGUGACACCGGAUUCUGAGACAGUACUUAACGUCACGGAAAAACAUAAACGUAAAUUAUUCUCAACAAUGUCACAGUCUCAGCUCUCGCUAUGGUAAGUUAACUAGAACACAGGCCUAAAAUAAUGCGAGUCUACCAGGUUAAAUCUAAACCACUAGGAACAAUUUAUAGGCAAAAAUAACAUACUUUCUUUAGGUUUCAAUGUCCUAUAUCAACAACACCGAAUGUAAACAAACCCAUCAUAUGCCUUGUCAAAAUCCUGUGUUGUGGUUAGAUUAGCGGAGUUUAAGGUUGAGUGAAUGUUGACCAAUACUUGUACUCAGGCUGGUAUUGAGUGAAUGGUGACACUUGUACUCUGGUAAUAGGAAGGUAUGGACUCAAGUCUUAAUUCGUAUCUAGAGUACAUAUCUGUCAUCAUCACUAAUCAAUACUACUAGCCUGAAAUGUAAUAUAAUUAUUCUUUCAGUGGAGGCUUGAUGACGACUUGCCAGCAUACGUUAGCGUAAACCUUACCAACCUUCUGCUAUCAAUUUAUCUUCCAAAUACAAAUAAAACAAUUAAUGACACUCAGCUAACUUCAUAUGACACAAAUUAACUUCACGACACGUAAUUAAUCCCAUAUGACACUCAAAUUGACUACAUAUGGCACUUAACUUACUUACUAGUGUAAUAAUAAUAAAAAUAUUACGACACCUAUAUAUGACAGAGAUGUUGGUCAAGGUUACAACAACAGUAUGACUGGUUGGGUUGUCGUCAGCUCACAGCACUGGGAGAGAACGUUAACAUUGCCGUUCUGGUGCAUAUUGGUACUUGUUCCUGACUCUAAUAUGUUGAGGGCACUGUGAGCUAAGACAUAAUUGUACUGCAUCAUUAUAGAAUCUUCACCCUAUUAUAAAGAAUAAUAGUUUAAAUAGUCAAAUAUGAUGGACAUAUUAUAUAUAAAUCAUAAUAUAAUCUUCAUCAUAUUUACAGUUAUAAUAAUAUAAGCAAAGUAAAUAUUGAGAAAUUAUUUUACUAAUGAUAAUAACCCAACUCACAGAUGCCCCAAUAUGUCUAGAGAUUUUCCAGAUGAAAUUUAUUAGUCUCCUGAAGUAAACGACAAAUAUUGUAUUGUAAAAAAUUAUUGUCCGAAUUUUUUGUUGUGUGUUUUUUUACGAAUGUGUAUCGCAGAAUUUUGUGGUAGGAGAGUAGAAAGUUUUAAUUAGAUAAUAUAUAGUUAAUAUAUAUAAAUAUAUAUUAUGAAAUAUAUAUUAGAAUGACAGAAAGAAUGUGUGGCGGUUCAGCUCAACGAAAACAACGAACAAGAAAGCUGGAUUUUUCUUGGUUUCUGCUGUACUGUACUUACACCCACGGACACACACACAAACUCUAAGCGCCCUCCUACACUUCCUGCACUUACACCCACGGACACACACACUAGGCCAUCUCCUGUACUUAAACCCACGGACACACACACUAGGCCAUCUCCUGUACUUACACCCACGGACACACACACACACACACUCUAAGCGCCCUCCUACACCU